AGUGAUGAAUGGGAAACUUCACUACAAUUUUACUGCUUUGGAUAACCUUAUGGAUUGCCUGUGGAAAAAUAAGCUAGUUCCAGGAUUUGAGUUGAUGGGAAAUCCAUCAGGAUAUUUUUUAGAUUUUGAGGAUAAAGAACAGGUAGUAAAAUGGAGAAACUUCAUUACCGUUCUGGCCAGCAGAUACAUAGGUAAAUAUGGAUUGGAGCAUGUUGCUAAAUGGAAUUUUGAAACAUGGAAUGAACCAGACCACCACGACUUUGACAAUGUGUCUAUGACUGUGAAAGGGUUUCUCAACUAUUAUGAUGCUUGCUCAGAAGGAUUAAGAGCAGCCAGUCCUCUACUAAAAUUUGGAGGGCCUGGGGAUUCCUUCCACCCAUUACCGAAGUCACCCAUCUGCUGGAGUCUUCUGUGUCAUUGCUACAAUGGAACCAAUUUCUUCACAGGGGAGACUGGUGUAAGGUUGGACUACAUCUCUCUCCAUAAGAAGGGAGGUGGGAGUUCUCUCUACAUCUUGCAACAAGAAAUAGAAGUGGUUGAACAAAUUCAGAAGCUGUUUCCAAAUUUUGCCUCUGUGGCUGUAUACAAUGAUGAAGCAGAUCCAAUGGUUGGAUGGUCCAUUCCACAGCUGUGGCGAGCUGAUGUGACGUAUGCAGCUAUGGUUGUAAAGGUAAUUGUCCAGCAUCAAAACCUGCUCAUUUCCAAAGCCAACAACACCAUCAACUACACACUGCUGAGCAAUGACAAUGCCUUCUUGAGCUACCACCCUCAUUACUUCACGCAGCGGACCCUGACAGCACGUUUUCAGAUGAACAAUACGAGGCCACCUCAUGUGCAGAUGGUGCGGAAACCAGUGCUGACUGUCAUGGGCUUGCUGGCACUGCUAGGGGAAAAGCAGAUUUUUGCAGAGGUGAGCAGCAGUGAAGGUGAAAACACUCAAAACAGCACAAUUGGUGUUCUGGCAUCUGUGCACACCCCAGAUGAGAUGCAGCCCUCAGACAGUUGGCAAGCUACCCUACUGAUGUAUUCAAGUGAUGAUAACAGAACUUCAACCAACAUCAGCACUGUCACAGUUAACGCCACCCACUUCCCCAAAGUCAGAGAGAUGGUGUAUGUGACAUAUUAUCUGGAUAACAACCAAACCAAUCCCUACCUGAAGUGGAGAAAGAUAGGAAGCCCUGACUUUCCUUCCCCAGAGCAGUUCCAGCAAAUAAGGAAUGCUGAGGACCCAAUGACAAGAGGCCCAUUUCCAUUUCCUGAGGGUGGUAUUCUGACACUGAAGCAAGACUUCCCCAUUCCUUCAGUCUUUCUUAUCCACAUCUGUGCAAGACCAAGAUCUGUUCCUGGUCAAGUAACCGGUGUUCGUUUGAUGCCUCUCACAAAGGGGCAGGUCAUUGUGUUGUGGGAUGAAAGCACUGUAAAUACAAAGUGUAUAAAGACAUUUGAAGUGGAGUUUUCACCAAAUGGAAAAACAUAUCAGCGGAUUAAUGCUAAAAACACUAUAUUCACUCUCUGGGUCUACAGUCCAGGAAGCUCAGUCUCCGGCUUUUACAAAGUACGUGCUGUUGACUACUGGGGGAAGGCAGGACUGUCUUCUCUUCCUGUGGAGUACAUUGAAAAGUAACUCUGAAGAGUGGUGC